UCAGUGGUGCAGAAGCUCAUGUUCUUCACUGCCGCCAUGGUGGUGCUCCCCUUGGUGACGUUUUUCACGUGCCAGUAUCUUUUCGAGAGCUCGUUGGUGAGCGGCGGCUCGGCCGCGGCCGCGGCCAAUCUCGUGUUGAUCUCGUACAUUGUGGUGGCGUUUGCCGAGGACUCGGGCGACUCCGACGAGGCGCCCGAGUCGAAGAAGGACCAGUAG